ACUGUCUCAGCUAUUUCGCAGAAAAAUGAAAUGUGUUGAAAACCAAGGCUCACUUUCCAUUUUAUCAUCAUCAGCAGCAGCAGCAGCAAUGGAACAAGAACUCACACAAGCCGUCAACAAAAUUCACCAAGACGGCGCACUCGGCGUUGUUGCUGCAGACCGCCAGGGUCUUUGCCUCGCUGCUCGCGGCACUGGAACCAGCUCGGCCGCAUCGUUCGUCUCGCUCCUUGCCCAGCGCGCCAAGUCCUUGUCAAGCACUGCAGAGUCCCCCGUCGUUGUUAUUGAGGCGGAUCACUUCAACGUUCUGAUCUCCCAACAGAGCGACGUCACGACAGCCAUUUGGAAGCAGGCCUAAUCGCCAAGUCGUCAGUUGUUUGCAGUCGUGCUUUUCUUUGUUUCUGCUUGUUGUGAUUACAGUGCUUCGUUCAUUUGCG